CUCCGCCUGCCCAUGUCGGACGUACUGUCCGCUGCCGUUGGCACCCGGUUCAAAUCCCCCGCGGCCGGGGUUUUGGGCAGCGGGGACGGCAGGUGUGUCAGUUGUCCCGACGGGGCUGAACACGACAAGGCGAAGCGCCUCUCGCCGCCUCCUUCCUCAGAGAAUGAAGAUUCUGUUGAAAGGUCAGAGCAUACAUCUCAGACAGCUACCAUUUCAGAAGAUACUGCCUUGCAGUACAGACUGCAGAAUGGAUCACCUGUAAAUGCAGAUGCUACAAAGGAUUCUGGAGUUGUUUGUGGUAAUUUGGAAGAGCAAGAUGUAGCAGGAAAGGAAGAAAUACCAACUGAUCAACUCCAGGACACAAAAGAGGAGGCCAUAGAGCAGAUGACAAAGUAUCCUACCCCACAAGGACCUGGUGAUAUAGUCAUGAUACAGUCUGAAUACACAGGUGCAGUGGAUAUCCUUUCAGCAGAGCUGGAAACUACAGAUCUACUGGGCGAGCAGAAGAAAGCUCGGCCACCUUCUCUGAUUCCAGCAACUACUUGGACAAGCUCUAAGAUAAGGGAGUUCAAGGCAAAGAUGGCAAAAGAGAAGAAUACCCGAAUGGUAGUGAAAAGGGGUGAGGUGUUAACAGUUCGGGUGCCAACCCAUCCUGAUGGAAAGCGUGUCUGCUGGGAGUUUGCCACAGAAGAUUAUGACAUUGGUUUUGGGGUCUAUUUUGAUUGGACUCCCAUUACUAGCACUGCCAUUACUGUACAGGUCAGUGAAUCAAGUGAUGAAGAAGAUGAAGAGGAAGAGUUUGAAGGACCUAUUCCUGUUGGUGAUGUGGAAAGGGGCUCCAAAAGCUAUUUGCGAAACCGCUAUGGAGAGAUCAUGCCCGUCUACCGAAGGGACAGCCACCAGGAAGUGCAAGUAGGCAGCCACGAUUAUCCAGGCGAAGGCAUCUAUUUGCUCAAAUUUGACAAUUCAUACUCCCUUCUCCGCAACAAGAUACUCUACUUCCAUGUCUAUUAUACCAGCUAAAGAAGUAAAUGAAUUCUGGAAUGGGUAGGACAUAAAGCACUGAAGAAAGCUGCCUGUCAGGACUAGUAUAAUAGGUAGCAACUGAUGGCUGUUGUACCCAUCUCACUGCUUAUGUGCAGAUGACCUCUUUCUCCUCUGUCCUGCUGUUAAGGUGGUGCAAGUGAUCACUGACUGCUCUGCUUUGUUUUAUGCCAAGCAGGGAUUUUAGCUGCAGCAAGCAAGUCACUGGACACAAGGUUCAAGUAUGUUUUCCUUUCUCUUGCACUUCUACAAAUUAAAGUUGAAAUAUGCCUUUCCUUUUGUGUAAAUAUAUUAUAACCUUCUACCCUGCUGGCUGCAGAUAAUCACUAGGAUCAACUGCCAAAGCAGCCUGUAGAACUUUGUCUAGAACUGCAUUGUUACUGUGAUGUGGUGCACUGCCAUUAGCUUAGUCUCUGUGAAUCCUGUGAAAUGGAAUGUACAUAUGCCAUCCAGUUCACUGACUGCAUGUCUCUUCUGGCUCCAGCAACUGUAGCAUGCUCAGUGCAAGGCACAGUUGUUCAGUUGCUGAUAAUACAUAUUUGGAUGUUACAUCUUGGCUGAAAAAAAAACCAAGCUGCAUGCAUUCUGUCUCAGUAAGGAAGUGACGCCACUGUGGAGGCAGGAAGCAUGAACCAAAUCAUUCUGGUUAUGGAGAAUGCUUAACAAAGCCAUUGCCAGCAAAGACCACCUCCUACACCGCUCUUUUCUGUCAUGUUAUUUUGUAACUUUGCAUGAAUUCACUGUAACUGAAGAAAGGAAUACUGAACUCAAAUUGGCUGGAGUGCUCAAUUCCUCAUCAAGUGAAUGCCCAGAGACUAUAUUUUUUUUAACAAAAAGUCACUUUCAGCAGAAAUAAAUUAUUAUAAAUGUUACCCCAGCAAGACACUGAAAUAUCAGUUCUCUGCAGCACUUUUCUUAUAUGUUUGGUCUGACUAUGGUAAUAUACUUGUUAUGCUUGUUUGCUGUGUUAUGCAUAGCACCUCCAGGGGCAAGCAUUUCCAGCCACAAGUAGAUUGUUUAUAUACCGACAUAGGAGCCCAGCUUCCAGAGCUACCUACACCUACAUGCAAGAUAGUACAGAAAUGCAUCACUGAGGUGUGCAGUAGCAGUCAUUAACAAGUCAGCCCCUUUGCUGUAUCAUAGGCAUUAAUCAUCCAAGCCCUGAUGAUUAUUCAGUACUACAUGUGAAGUAUGGUAUGGUGUGAUGCCCACAAAGGGCCUGAUAAGAUCCCAGGGCUUUACUUUUGGCAUCUCUAGUUUAAGAUCUCAGGUCUUUAAACAGUAAGAGUUUAUUUUCAUGUAUACCUAUAUUAUUAUUUGGAUUUCAGAGGUCAUUGCCAAUUUUGAAUACAGUGUAAGCAGUACAGCUUAGAGGCUGAUAGUUGUAUCAUCUGUCAUUCACAGCUCAGGUAAACAUGUACAACCCAUUUCUCUGCAACAGAGGUCUUAUAAAUGUAGGUAUUGAUUUUUCAGAUCCAAAUGUGAGUGUGUCUUUUAAAACAGCUGCUAUGAUAUUCAUUUAAUGUGUUUGCUUGGCUCUUUGCAUGAUUGCAGUAAAUGUUAAUGAUAUGUAGUAGAUUUUUUUGGAAACCUUCCCAGUGGGAUGCCCUUUUCAUGCAGGUUUAAGUGAUGAAAGGUAUAAAGCCAAAGAACCCAACUUCUAACAGGCAGAAUGAUUCUCUAACUAUGCCAUAUUGAGUGUGUGCUUGGACAAACAAGGUAAAUUAUGUUGCUAGAAAAGCAAAUAAAGUAGAGCCACACUAAUCUUUCCCAUUGUUCUUUUAACAAAGAAAAGGCUCAGGGAGUAAAAACCUAUGUCUUUAAAAAUGGGAUAGAGAACUGGCAAAUAAAUGCUUCUGUUAACUUAAGAGUGAGUCAGGUGUACCUACCUCCCGGUCAUUUUAUUUUUAUUCAAGGUGAGAUUGAAGGAAUGCAGAAACAUUUAACCCAUUCCAGACCAAUAGCAUGAAAAGCACAGGGCUUACCAGAAGCAACAGUUGUUGGCUGGGGACAGGGAAUAGCAGCCAUUCCAACAGGAACAUAAAUGGCUCUGUAAUGGUAGUUUCUCCAUGAAUGAUCUGGACAGUAGCUGCUUCUUGAAGGUGGAGUUGAUAAGCCAAAAAAGAGGGCUGUGUAUGUCCUGGUUGCAUAGCCUUUGCUCAGCCUUUCAAAGGCUCUCCUGCCCUGAAUGUUAUUUAUAGGAUUGUUAUUUAUUUUUAUUUGUGAAUUUCCUCUUUAAAGCUUAAUCAUUUAAAGUGUAAUCUUACACUGUACGGAAUGCACAGAGCCCACUCUAUAUGUGCCCUUUUCAAAAGAAAGGCAUUGCUUUAUUUGAGGCUCAUUAAGAUGGCUAUUUGCCUUAUGUAAGGUUCUGCUUGAAGAAGAACCAAGGAAAAAGAUGUUGGAUAUAUCAUGCAUGGAAGUUUGAAGUUAGUUUGUUCUUAAUUACAUAGUUACAUGUGAGACAGGUUCUUUUGUGUCUCUUGCAUUUGUUCUUUAGCCCACAAAGUCUACUAGAGGUAUGUUGAAUUAUUUCUGAAAUCAUACUACAAGAGCUGUCUACAGAUUUAGAAAGUUGGUCCUCCUUCCUGUCUAGAAAUAUUUCAUUUUGGAAGGACAAAAGUAGAGAAAGUUAAAAUUUGCAAUAGCUUUCAAAUAAGUAUAUUUUCCUCUCCACAAUUUGUUUAAUAACAAAUUGGUUUCAACUCUGUUCUUGUUAAUUUUUAAACUGACUCUUCUAUAAACACUUCACAAAGUUAAUAUAAAUUUCUGAAAUAACAUUUGAAGAUGAAUAUCAAGGCAUAAUAAGAGGUUGUAAACCUUUCAGAGACCCCCUGGCUAAGCAAGUGGUAUAUAAAAGAUUAAAUAAAUAAGACGAUGGGUUGUGCUCAAUUUGGAUCUUUUGGUAGAGCAUAGCUCAUGAGCUGCAUCUACUACUCAAUUAGAUUGCAGAACAGUGUGUGUUUUUUUGUAUGUGCAUGUAUGCAUAAUAUGUGUGUGAGAGAGGUUUUUUGAUCUAUUGAAAUACUGGGCAGGGUUUAUUCAUAUUCCUCAGCCUCAGAGAUAGUACCAGAUCAUAAUGUGUUAGUAGUCUGUCUCUUUUCACACCGUGAAGAAGUGAAAGCACUAAAAAUCUGUGUGUGCUCCUUGGAUCAGAUCGAAAACCCAUGCAGACUUAUCAUUUUAACACUAAUGAAUUAUGUGGGCAACAUCUAGAACAUACACACAUACUUGCCUAGACUCAAGUUACUUUUCCAACUUAUGCAUUUUUCUAGAAUUGAGUAGAAAUACAAUUUCAGAGAUAACAGGAGAGAUUAAACUAUAAUUUCAGAUAGAAGGUUGAAAGAUGGCAUUUUUUUUCUAAAUUAAAUAAUUAUAAAAGGACCUCAUAACUGAUAUAUUUUGGCAUCUGUCUUGCUCAAUAUAUAUGCUGUAUGUGAAGCAACUGGUUACCUCAGUCAUUUACAUAAGGCAGUGUACAGAAUUAACAUGUCUGAAUUGGAGUGGAAAAUAUGUAGCAGUUAAAGGUGGGGACCUCUGCCAUGCCCAAGACCUAGUUUGUGAUCUCAGGGACGGAGAUUUGUCACAUUCUCAAAAAAGGGGGUUUUUUUUAGUGUGUUUUACCACUUCACAUCCAAUAUCCCCCUUAUUUUGGCUCUGUCUCUUACAAAAUGGCAUACAAUAAUUAGGAAGAUAUACAAUCCAUAUAUUAUUUUAAUCAAGCACAGUUUGGUAUUUUUGUACUCUUUGUCCUUUGUACUACAAAGAAGCAUGCAAGACAGUUGAUUAUUUGGGGCUAAUAAUUUUUAUUGAUCCUAUGGUACUAGUUGAGGGAAAUUAGAGCUUCCUUGUUUAUCUUCUUAUCCACAAUGCAAUUGCUAGGAAACUGACUCACUAAGAGAUGUGUGAUAUAAAUCUAAAGCUACAAUCCUGUACAAAUUUAUAUUAGACUAAUUCCCAUUGAACGUAAUAGGACAUUCUCCUGAGAAGUGUGUACAGAAUUGUAUUGUAAGCCUCCUAGUAUCCCAGGAACUUGAACCCUCAAAGCAUAUGCUUGUUUCCUUUACAGCAGGCCCUGUGCUAUAGUAUGAGGAGAGCCUUGCUACCAAAGUAGUUGAGGGUAGCUCACAGGGAAAAAAAUUACUUCUUCCUGUAUAUAGUAUUUGGACAAGGAGACAGGGUCAAUCUAUAGUGCUUCACCACUAUCCAUCAAAAACAUGGCUGUCUUUUGGAAACUGGUGGAACUGCAGUUCUAUCUCAUCUUAAAGCAUGUUGUGACCUUAAGACCACUUUUAUUAUUGGCUUCCUUGUUUCUGCUUGUGGAAAGUACUGUCAGACAAAACAUAGUUUUUUAAAAUACAGAAAUACUGAACCCCUUUAAAAAUAAAGCAUUACAACCCUUGGUUUUGAUCAAAGGAAUAGACAGAUAAUAAAGUGGAUGGUAUUAGUGGAGACUCAUACAACCUUUCUUUUGCUAGCUUAUUGUAUUAUCGGAUCUGUUGUUGUGAUUUCAGAGAACGUUCCAUUGAUCUCUGUGGUACUUGUUUCUGAGAAGGGCCAUACAAGGGUGCAAAAACAGUGCAUUAGAACAGUGGUACAAAACAUACUGGCUAGGAUUUGAACGGUCUGUGCUAGGCCAGUGAAAAUUAUUGGACAAUAUAGUGAGUGCCAUAUCAAAAGGUUAUAUGAAGUUGCCUUAUUUGGACUUGAACCAUGGGUACAGCUAACCCAGUACACUUUCUUCUGAAUGGCAGUAGCUCUCUUCCUGAUAUCCUUUAACUGGUGAUAGCAGCGACUAGUGUUCAUUAACACUGAACUUCCAACUAUCUAAGAAUCCACUAAAAUUUCAGUAGUGGUUUACCAUGAAGAAUAAGGGACUGCAGUUCAAGAAAACACAAGCCUAAUGCCUAAUAUACAUUUUACCAGUAUGCUUUGGAAUUUGGCUGAUAUGCCACCUGUGGAAUAUCUUCCUAUGAUACCACUAGAAUACAUCCACAGAAAUUUAGAAUUGUGGCAAAAUGAAAAGAGGCAUCUGAGCUUCCCAGAUCUCAGCAUAAGUCAGAGGCUUGUAGAAGCCCUACAAAAGGAACAUGACAGUGCAAGUUACAUGAUAAUGAAUGAUGUAUUGGAUCAAUUCACAUUAAAAAUGCUGAAAGGGAGCUUUUGAAUUACAUGGAACUCUCCUCGCAGUGUACAGUGGUUUUUUUGCAUCAGUGGGAGGAUUUAAUUGGAUUCAAUUCCAUUAAUAUGGCUGUUAACCAGGACAUGUUUGUAAUAAAAUAUUUUAAAACAACAUUCAUUGGAAAACAUAGGUUUUCCUUGAAUAUUUAUGUCUGAAUAAAACUUCUUUAUAAUCCACUAGUUUGCUUCCAGCAUUUUAAACAUGUUUUGGCAUUAUCAGCUAUGAACUGCCUUGCUUGCUCUCUAGAUUGCACAGUACAGCUGGCCAGUGAGUCAUGGCGUGUGCUGGGCACCCUCUUGAAUGUGUAGCCCUGAACAAGGUUACUACUCUGUGCAACCCUGACCACCAAGUAUUGAGGAUUGAACAACUCUUGCAUAAACUUGCACAGAUCAAGGAUUAUGCACUGGGUGUUUAACUCUCAAAUCUUUGGUGGCUGGGUUCACAUAGCAUGGCAAAACCCAUCUGGGUUAUAUAUUCAGAACAGUCUGGUGCAUGCCAUGGCUCAUUGGGAGUUAAACAUACAUACACUUUGAGUCCAGCAUGUCAUGCCAAAUGGGUCACUGUUAAAGGGAAGAUAUAGGAUGGCAAGCUAAACCCAGACAUAGGGUUGCUAGGUUUUAUUGAACAUAGUGGACCUUAAUUUUGACUACUCAUACAUAAGACUGAGUUAAAAGGAUUUUAGCAGUAGCAAAUUGAUGACAACAAAAUGAAUAGAUUUGUUACCUGCAGUGAUCAGCUUUUAGUUGCAACAUACCAUCCAGUCAGAAUGCUAGCUUGGUGCUGUUGUUUUGUAGCUUGCAGAGUUUUUGUCUGCUAUGAUCUAUGUAAUAUGAUUUCUUAAUCAGUACUUUUGUGCACAAAUAUGCUGCUAAUAUCCUUCCAAGCAUUUCUCCCUUAAACUGAGGGUACUUUUAUUUGCUCUGUUACUGAAUCAUACAUUCUAGUACGGGCUAGCAUGUCUACUGUUCCAUUCAAGACUUGGUUAAUGUCUGUUACAUAGUGUGAAGUAGUUGUUUUGUGACCAUGUGUUUAACUUUUAACAGAUAAUUUCAUUAAAUUUUUUCAUCAUA